AAAAUGAAACUUGAGGGCGUUAGUGUACAAGUGUUUCAACGAGUGUUUCCAUGAAAAAAGCCGGAAAAUUGACAAAUGUUCUAACCUUAAAAAACAGCGAAACGUUAUUACAGGUGUUAUUUGGGCAGUGACAAUUUUUAUUAUCGCUUUUAUACAUUAUAUUCACGCAAGUGUGUAUGUACAUGUAGCAGUAACAUCUCAAUUUUCUCAAUCAAUCAUAGAGAAUACAAGAUUGCAUCCUUUAUACUUGGGCGUAUUACUCAUUGGAUAGCUGUUAUCAUUUGAUUGUUCUUCUUAAUCUAAUGGGUAAGCCGAGAGAUGUAAGUACAGAAGAGGAGAUAAAUUUAGAUACAAGUGAUGUUCCACCGCAAAAAAGACAUAAGAAACAUAAACAUAAAAAGCACAAGAAGAAAAAACUCAUGCACGAUGACAGUGAUACUUUGGUAGAACUUGCAAGCGAUGCUGACAGAAAAAAAAGCUUUCGAAUAAAAAUGAAAAAGGAAGAUGAACGGAGUUUGGAUAAACGUGACAAGAUAUUAAAAUCAUGCAGUUUGAGUACAACUACGAUAACUACUGCACCUUCUCCGAAAGCAAAUACAAAAAAGAAAAUUCUAAAGGGUAAUAAAGGUAAAGAUAGUGGAACCAGCAGUGAGGAAGAAAGAUGGCUUGAUGCUAUAGAAUCUGGUAAAUUGGAAGAGGUUGAUGAUGAAUUGAAAAAAAUUAAGCCAAAGGAUCCCAAACUGAUGACAGCACGACAGAGAGCAAUGUUUGAAAGAAAAACUGAUACCGAGCCAAAUUCAGGGGUCGAACAACUGAUGUCAUUACCUACUGGUUACAAAGAAAAAGUCAUGACUGCGGAAGCUAUACAAAAGGCUGCUCUAAAAUCUUUGAAACGAAAACAACUCGCCGAUGAAAAAAGAGAAAAAGAUAAGAAAAAAACAAUGGAAAGACUGCUUAAGAAACAAGAAUCUAAAGCAUCCAAAGUUAUCAGCAAAGGAAGAUUAUCGAGGCGACAAGUACCGUUAGUAACAUAUCGUUUAACAAUCGAAGGGAGUUCUAUAUCUUUACCACCUGGUGAAGAUUUUCCACUUUCUCCUGCCAAAGAAAAAAGUCUACCGAAACAAGUUCUCUGCGGAAUAAAUCAUUGUAAAAAUCCCAAAAAAUAUUCAUGUUCCAAAACCGGAAUACCGUUGUGCAGUUUAAAAUGUUAUAAAACGAAUCUCCUUUUAAACAGAUAAAUAAUGUACAAAUUUCUUUCAAGAAAUUCUCUAAAGCCUUGAUUCAAUAUUUAUACUUACACGCAUACAUAUACACAUGUAUAUAGAUACAUAAUAAAUGUAGUAUAAGCUAUAAAAAUAUUAAUUGAAUAUAGCGCGCACGCCCACACACAGGUUUAUAUAUAAAAAUAAAAGCCACUUUUUAUUAGU